AUGGGGUGGGGCACAGUGGUUUACGAGGGCACGGUCGUCGGCUCGUCGCUGGUGGGGCUGGGCUGGGCGGGGCUGUGGUUCCUGAACCGGCGGCUGUACAAGGAGUACGAGGAGCGGCGGGUGCUGGUGCAGAUCCUCUUCGGCCUCGUCUUCGCCUUCUCCUGCAACCUCUUCGAGCUCGUUCUCUUCGAGAUCCUCCCCGUCCUCUCCAAGCAUGCGCGCUUCCUCAACUGGCACCUCGACCUCUUCUGCCUCAUCCUCCUCCUCGUCUUCGUACUCCCUUACUACCACUGCUAUCUUCUGCUCCGUAACUCAGGGGUGAGGAGGGAGCGGGCGUGGCUCGUCGCGGCGCUCUUUCUGCUGGUCUUCCUAUACGGGUUCUGGCGCAUGGGGAUUCACUUCCCCAUGCCUUCACCGGAGAAGGGUUUUUUUACGAUGCCACAGUUGGUCAGUAGGAUUGGGGUGAUUGGAGUGAGUGUCAUGGCUGUUCUUUCUGGUUUUGGUGCUGUCAAUCUGCCAUACAGUUAUCUGUCGCUCUUCAUCAGGGAAAUUGAUGAAGCAGACAUCAAAACCUUGGAACGGCAGCUGAUGCAAUCCAUGGAGACAUGUACUGCUAAGAAGAAGAAAAUUAUUUUGUCCCAGAUUGAGAUGGAGAGGAUUCAAGGAUCAGAGGAGAAGCUAAAGGCCAGAUCGUUUCUGAAGCGUAUAGUGGGAACUGUCGUCAGAUCUGUGCAGGAAGAUCAAACUGAGCAGGAUAUAAAAAACUUAGAAGCAGAAGUCCAGGCACUGGAAGAGCUUUCCAAACAGCUGUUCCUUGAGAUAUAUGAACUCCGUCAGGCUAAGAUAGCUGCUGCGUAUUCUCGAACGUGGAGAGGGCAUCUUCAGAAUCUACUUGGAUAUGCUUUGUCGGUGUAUUGUGUUUAUAAGAUGCUCAAGUCCUUGCAGAGUGUAGUCUUUAAGGAGUCAGGCUCUGUUGAUCCUGUAACAAUGACAAUAACAAUUUUCCUGAGACAUUUUGACAUUGGCAUUGAUGUUGCACUGUUAUCUCAGUACAUAUCUUUGAUGUUCAUUGGGAUGUUGGUUGUCAUAUCUGUUCGAGGUUUCUUGGCAAAUGUUAUGAAGUUCUUCUUCGCAGUUUCUAGAGUUGGGAGUGGGUCGACAACCAAUGUUGUCCUUUUCCUAUCAGAGAUCAUGGGCAUGUACUUCAUAUCUUCCAUUCUUCUUAUAAGAAAAAGCCUGGCAAAUGAAUAUAGGGUGAUCAUUACUGAUGUUUUGGGUGGUGAUGUCCAAUUUGACUUCUACCACCGCUGGUUUGAUGCUAUAUUUGUGGCUAGUGCGUUCCUGUCCUUGCUUCUGAUUUCUGCCCAAUACACCACCAGGCAAACAGACAAGCAUCCGAUUGAUUGA